UGCCUACACAUAGAUGAGAAAAUCACCAAAAUCCAAAAAUCUGAUUUGGAGAGUACCCAAAAGUAUCUUAGCCAUCUCCCAUCUACAGAAACCCAAAACCUCGUUUAACAUCAUCACUUUUCACUCUUUUUCUAAACCCCUAAAGCUCAUAGAAGUCCAAGUCCCUGUCUGUCUCAGCUUCAAUUCCUUCUGAGAGAGAUGGGAAGAGCUGAGAGAGAGGAGCUGAGUCGAAGUCUGAACUCGCACCUCAAUACCAUCCAUGAAACUUUUCAGGUUUUGGAUCAAACUCCAGCUUCUACUCUUGAGAAAGUUAGCUGGGAGGAGGUGAUACGGAUGGGUGACCAAGUUUCCAAACAAGCUACCACUGUCGGAAUGCUUUGGACUGGAGAGACACUAGAAGUUAAAGCACUUGAGGAGAACAUGAAAGCAUACUUCAAUAUGCUACAGGGUUUUCUUCUACUUUCACAUGGGAGUACAGUGGGUGCAGGGCCUACUCUGACUUCUUGUGUCCAUGCAUCGGUGAAGCAAGUUGUUGACUGCACUUUUAAAUUGUUCAAGGAAUCAGUCUCUUUAUAUGGAGCAAGCAAUUCAGACAGAAAACUUUCAAUCUCACCCUUAGUUGGUGCUGUGUGGGAAGCAUGUUCUGCUCUUAAGAAGACACCUGCCACAAAUAUAACAGCAAUAGGAAGAGCAAUGACACAGGUUGCAGUUUCCAUUAAAGAUGUUGUUCGCGAGAUGAGAGAGCUCAAGCCCGGUUCCUAUGACACAACAGACGAAGUUUCUAACCAGAAUUCCACCAAAACAGAAGGUGGUGCCCUAGAUGAUGAUGAUGAAUCAGGUGGAGAUGAUCUUGGCAAUGACCUCUCGCCUGAAGAGAUGAAAGUUGCUCAGUCUGCAAUUGUUGUUGUAUCUGAGACACUUGUAGUUAUAAAGGAACUCAUCCGCUCUAUAACUAGUUUGCUCAAGCAGGAAAAACCUGCUGACAAUGGUGAUUUUGUGAAUUCAUUGGAGAAUUUGUUAAAACAAUGUCAAGCAAUUGGAAGACAGAUUGAUGAGCUUGGAGCCUGUCUUUAUCCCCCACAAGAGAUUCAUGCAUUGAAGACAGCAGUGGAUAAUAUCUCCAGCAUUAUUAAUGAUAUGCUGGUGGAAGUAGAAAGUAUUAAAGGAACUUCAGAAACUUUUCUUCAAGCCUGCAGUGGUUUGAGAGAUUCACUGAGACAGUUCAAAUCUGAACUGGGUUGCAAUUAUAUGGUAGAUCUAGAGGUCGAUAUGCAGAAAGUUGUUUUGGACAAUUAGGGAAGACUUACAUUUUUGGCAAUGUCAAUUUACACAUGGGAGAUUUACUUCAAAUUCCAACAGAAAUCGCGGGGGACCUCUUUUUUUUUUUUUUUUUUUUUUCAUGUUUUUCUUUCCUUUGAAUCUUAAUUUUGUUUUCAGUAUGGUAUAUUACUUAAUUUUGUUCUCAGUAUGGUAUAAUAGUAAAAUGCUGUUAUGUACUGAACAAGCAGGGCUGGUAACUGUAAAUUUCAGUGGAAAUCUCUUCAACAGUUAUGGGUACAACCGUACAAUCAUACAUUUAGAUAUGA